AAUAACAGCCAUGUGGGUGAGCUAGCAAGAGAUAGAGAUGUGGAUCGCUCUAAAAAUCUGCCUGUAUCUGUUCUUUAACUGUAUCUCUGCAGCUUCAGUCCUCAGCUCAGGCAUCUGUCAGCUCCAGGGACACUUCGGGAUGUUCAAGGAUGGAGAUCUUAUACUUGGAGGCCUGUUUGAGGUUCACUUCCUCACAGUGUUCCCAGAGCUGAGCUUCAGAAUGGAACCGGAACCACCCUACUGUGAGCAGUUUGAUAUGGCAAGUUUCCAGCAGGCACAGACUAUGGCCUUUGCUAUAGAUGAGAUCAAUAAGAAUCCAAAUCUGCUUCCUAACAUCACUCUUGGUUACCAUCUUUAUGACAAUUGUGUAAAGUUGGGAGUGGCAUUCAGAGCUGCUACAGCUCUGAUUAGUGGGACAGAGGAGUCCUUCUCCAACCUAAACUGUGCUGGCCCACCACCAGUGAUUGCUAUUGUGGGGGAUCCUGGGUCUACUCACUCAAUUGCAAUCUCCAGUGUACUGGGGCUGUUUAGAGUGCCUAUGGUUAGCUACUUUGCCACCUGCUCCUGUUUGAGUAACAGGAAAAAGUACCCAUCUUUCUUCAGAACAAUACCCAGUGAUGCCUUCCAAGUGCGGGCUAUGGUACAGAUCUUGAGGCAUUUUGGAUGGACCUGGGUUGGUCUCCUCUAUAGCGAUGACGACUACGGCAUCCAUGCCUCUCAGUCCUUCCACAAAGAUGUGCAGCUAUUUGGAGGUUGUGUUGGCUUUUCUGAAAUGCUGCCUCGUGAUAAUAACCGUAGAGAUAUUCAGAGUAUAGUGACAGUGAUUCAGGCCUCUACAGCUAGAGUGGUGGUGGUGUUCUCCACAGAAGCCUAUUUGUUACCACUAAUGGAUGAGGUGGCAUUGCAAAAUGUGACAGGCCGACAGUGGAUUGCAAGUGAAGCUUGGGCUACUUCACCUGUGUUUCACACUCAGCGUCUUUUACCUUUUCUGGGGGGAACACUGGGCAUCGCAAUCAGGCGUGGGGAGAUCCAGGGACUUCGUAAAUUUCUGUAUUACCUCCGCCCUGACAACAAUCCAGGAAAUAAUAUGGUAAGAAUCUUCUGGGAAAAUAUGUUCGGGUGCAGUUUUGACACUGGAGGCAGAGAGGUAGAGGGAGAAAAAAAAGUGUGUACAGAGCAAGAAGAUCUUAACAGAACAGAAACAGCAUACACUGAUGUAUCAGAGCUAAGGGCAUCUUAUAAUGCGUAUAAAGCAGUUUAUGCCCUUGCACAUGCACUUCAUGACCUGAUGCAGUGUGAGGAGGGCAGAGGACCAUUCAGUGGGAACAGAUGUGCUGACAUAACCAACCUGCAGCCCUGGCAGGUAGUACAUUACCUACAGAAAGUGAACUUCACCACUGGCUUUGGGGAUCAUGUGUCAUUUGAUGAGAAUGGAGAUGCUCUGGCCAUCUAUGAUGUGAUGAACUGGCAGCCGAGUUCAGAUGGUGCAAUAAGGGUCAGCACAGUUGGUGUGGUGAAUGAAGGGGCUACAGUAGGGAAGGUGCUCAUACUGAAUGAGGAUGAAAUAUUCUGGAACUUUGAGAACAAACAACCCCCACAGUCUGUGUGCAGUGAGAGUUGCCCCCCUGGCACCAGACGAGUCAGGAAGAAGGGACUUCCUGUCUGCUGUUUUGACUGCCUACCAUGCAGAGAUGGAGAGAUUUCUAAUAUAAAAGAUUCUAUUGAAUGCACAACAUGUCCAGAUGAGUUCUGGUCCAAUCAAAAUAAAGAUCAAUGUGUCCCCAAAGAAGUUGAGUUUCUGUCCUAUAAGGAACCUCUGGGCAUCUCUCUGACUACUGCUUCUCUGCUUGGCACCUGCUUAUGUGCUCUUGUGAUGGUCAUCUUCUCUCAUCACCGUAGUACUCCUGUAGUACGUGCUAACAAUUCAGAGCUCAGCUUCCUAUUGCUGUUGUCACUCAAACUGUGUUUUCUUUGUGUGCUACUAUUCAUCGGCCGGCCACAGGUUUGGACAUGUCAGUUAAGACAUGCUGCAUUUGGCAUAAGCUUUGUCCUGUGCGUCUCCAGUAUCCUGGUCAAGACUAUGGUGGUAAUAGCUGUCUUCAAGUCAUCUCGACCUGAGGGUAAAAGUGCUAUGAAAUGGUUUGGUGUACCUCAACAAAGAGGCACUGUCAUGGCCCUAACUGCCCUUCAGAUUCUGAUAUGCACAGUCUGGUUAACCACUGCAUCCCCAACACCACAUAAAAACAGCCAAUAUAUCACCUCUAAAAUAGUCUAUGAAUGUGCUAUUGGCUCAGUGGCUGGUUUUUCUAUGCUGCUGGGAUACAUUGGCCUCCUGGCAGCAGUAAGCUUCCUCUUAGCCUUCCUGGCAAGAAACCUUCCAGAUAAUUUUAAUGAAGCCAAAUUCAUUACAUUCAGUAUGUUGAUCUUCUGUGCUGUGUGGAUUGCAUUUAUUCCAGCAUAUGUGAGCUCACCAGGGAAAUAUGCAGUGGCUGUGGAAAUAUUUGCUAUUUUAGCUUCCAGUUUUGGAUUAUUGGUGGCCAUAUUUGCCCCAAAGUGCUACAUCAUCCUUUUACAUCCAGAGAGAAACACUAAAAAAGCCAUCAUGGGAAGAGCCACACAAAAAAAAUAAUAAUUUACAUAAACUAGACAUUUUUACAUUGAGAAAUAAAAAAAACUGUGAACUCUGAUUAAUAUAAAUAUACAAGCAGCAACAAAACUUGUGUAUGUUACAUUUCACGUUUCUUGGUGUGUGUUCAUAGUUAAAUAAAGACUAAGACAAUUUUCCAAUUAAUUUUAAUAAAUUAAUCAAAUUAUUUGAUAAAGAAACAUGUAUGUUGCAGAUUACAUGUUUACUGCUACACAGCAAAAUCUUCAGUGUUAAACAUACACUGCUCAGUUUUCGUAUGGUCUCAAUCUAUAGAGAGUAAAAUUAACACUGUUGUACUUGUAGCAGUGUUGUACUUAGUGAAAUAAAGUAGUUCACUCUAUAAGUGAUGAUUGACUAUUAGUGAUGACACAAGGGGCCUAUACCAUGAAAUUUGUUUAGAUGGAUAGCCAGGUAUAUUUCAGUUUUGUUUUGUGCCAACCUUGGGUUGCAGGCACCAUGAAAGUGGCCCAGCUUUUAGCUGUGUUCAUCGCCACAAUAACUUAAGCUCCACUGCUAACCUGCUCCGGUGUUCUGGGUAAGAGAUCUCGAACCGAAACCAGACCAAUCAGCAGUGAGCAAGGUGACACAUGUCUGACACAAAAAAGUCACUCCCCUAGUUUCUCUUGCUCCAAAUGAAAGGUCACUACAUAGUAAAAUAUUUUAAAAUACAAAAUUGUCUGGCUAAAGCUAUAAUGAUUAUGUUCAGUUUUGAUUUAGUUUAUCUGUGUUCUGUUCCUUUUUGCCUGUGUUCCCUUUGCUAGUUUGUCUCCAUGGUUUUUGAUUGAGUUUGCAUGUGUUUCUGGUUAUGUUAAUUAUUCCUGUAUGAAUUUAAGCCCUGGUUUUCCCCAGUUCAUUUGUCCAGUAUCAUCAGUGUUAAUGUGGUUGUGUUUGAUUAAUUCUCCUGUAAUCUCCUGAGGGUUCUUGAUUAUUUUAUUAAAGACUAUUUUUGUUCUCUAUCUCUUUUGUCAUGCAUUUCACUACAGCCAUACAUGACAGAAUAGGACCUAGAAAAGGUCUGUUUGCGGCGUUUUUCUUUCUUUUUUUGCUUCCCCCUCACUAAUAGAACUACCUGCCAUCCAACAGAGAUUUUUUUGUGUGCUUCACUACAGCCACAUAUGACAAUAGCAAUGAUUAUAUAUUAUAAUUAUU